CCAUUCAGGUCAAAGGUUAGAUAAACAGCAAGGGACGCUCCCUGACAGAUCGAAUGUCAUCAAGUCGUUGGUAACAACAACUUCGUAACGUUUCCUUCCUCAACUUUGAUUUUUGGCUUCAUCUUCUCCUCAUAAGAAGAGGAAAGGCUUCCGUUAAGGUUUCAGCCUUAGAAUCUACGCCGCGUGAAUUUUCUGGAAGAAACAGGAGCUCCUUGCAAGGAUCUUGAAGUAUGCAAGAUAAGAUGGCGGACCCAGGUUUUCCCGAUUCCCACACGACAACGGCCACCACCACGACAACCACCACGACUACAAGCUCUUCCUCACCCUUCUGCGACAUCGGCUACUUCUUGACGCUUCCAGGCAUCUUGAAGAUUCUUCAACUCUUCUUUGGCCUGAUCACCUGGGCGUGCGUUGCGUCGUACCCGUACCGUUACUAUGACUACGGCGGAGGUCAGCACUGGGUGAUGUUUGUGGCGGUGACCUGCUGGGUCAUCACCCUGCUGCUGGUGGUGCUGUACUCCACCUCACUCUACAAGCGCAUCGGUCUACCCUGGCUCUUCCUGGAGCUGGUUUACGGUGCUGCAGCCACACUGCUGUACCUGAUUGCCUUCGCUGUCCAGGCCGGCACCACCCACACCAGAUACCAGAUCCUGGGCUCCAAUUGGUACAACACCUACGCGGCCGCAGCGGCCUUUGCCCUCUUCACCACGGUCUGCUACGCAGUUGACGCCUUCCUGGCGUUCCGUAACUGGCAGAGCGGCGGAACCAACGCGGCCGGGAGCACCGCAAACGCCUGAGCACGAUCAUCAGGACCCUACGGAGGUCCAGAUAUCGCCUUCCAAGUGCCUAAUUUUUUCAAGAGGAAUUUUCUUUUCAGGCAGUUGUAAAAUUUGCUGUUAACUUAGACUUACCCAAGUUUGUAUUUUUUUUGCAGUAGAAAACGUUUGUAAGUUUGUAUUUUGUGCUUUUCUACAGUGGACAUGUGCCUUGAAGUGAAUUUAGCAAGAGAGAGAAAGGUUUUGAUAGGAAAAAUAAGAAUUAUAAAAACUGAUAGGAAUAAUGAUCAUAAUAAUUCAUAACUACAAUUUCCCUACAUCUGAAAAGGAAUAACAUUACAUUUAAAUGAAGUGCCUUUAAAAUUAACUGCUUUUUUGUACAUCACAGUUUUGUAAGAAAGAAUUCUUAAGUACUAGUGUUGUCUUGAUCACAUAAACAAGACUUUGUCUAAGAAAGUUCCUUAAAACUUGAAGCCACAUUUAAAGUUAGUGCACAUAAAUGCAUGUCUUUCUUUUCAUUAUUAGGAGCUGAAGUUAACAUCCCAAUGUUCAAAAUGUUACAUUCAUAUUACUUGCCCAUAUGCACAUUAUAUUUUCUCCCUAUUUAUAUAUAUAUAUAUUAUUUUUACGUUUUCAAAAAAACAAGAAAAGCAACUCGGAGCUGACUUAUAUACAAAGUACAUUUUGUCAUAUGUUGUAAAAUUUAAACUUCAAGAUUUUGGAUUGCCUGUCAUCAACUGAGUUUGAGGUUUGGAAUGACAGCUAAAAUUUUUCAAUUUUUAGUUUCAUGACAUCUGAGGUAUCAGUAAGUUUUUGUUGCAGUAAAAUUGUAUUUAUUCAUUUCACUUUUUUUGUUGUGGUUUAUACUCAUUUCAAGACACAGAAUUCAAAGUAUAAAAAGAUGUAGUGCUGUCUAAUUGUGUGAAGAGAAAUUGUGACGUUUUUUCUCAAUUUGUAUGAUGUGAAUAAUAAGAUGACUUGAAAGCAUUUUUGUGGGAUGUGUUUGAAUGGUGCUAGGAGUUCAUGCAUAAAUCAACCUUGUAGUAUUUCUCUCAUUAAAUGGACUCAUACCAUAUCCUUGCAAACCUUAGUCUAAACCUAGAAAUACAAAAUAAAUACAUAAAAAGCAAUAUUUGACAGACAUGCAUCCACUGUCUCAUUGGCUGAACCAAUAGUUGUCAUUCUAUUAUUGGAUAAACAGCUUAUUUUGAUAGGAUUGGUCAUUGGUAUGUUUCAUAUAGACUAUAGUUUUUGCACAGUGCAGAAUAUUGUUGUGUAGUGCCCACUAUUUUUGCAUAGUAUAAAAUAGUUGUGCAUAGUGCAGAAUAUUUGUGCAUAGUGCAGAAUAUCUGUGCAUAGUGCAGAAUAUUUUUUGCAAAGCGCAGAGUAUUUUUGCAUACUGCAGAGUAUUUCUAUACUUCUUGAAUAUACUGUAUUACACUAUUGCAUGUGUAUACCUCAGAACAGUUAUACUACAACUUAACCUUUUUCAAUUGGUGAUCUAGUUAUUACUAGAUGGUGUAGGAUAACUUGUUAUGUAAACUUCUGAAAACUUUGACCAAUAGUGAUAAUUGCUAGCCUCUAACUUGCCUUGUGUGCCUUGCAUAGAUUUGGGUGAAACUAUUACUGUUGUUUGUAAGGCUAGUUUACCUUUAUCUGUGGCAUAACCUAUAUCCGUUGUUUUAAAAGCAGGGUAUUUAGGGAUAUCAUGUCGACCGACUUGACUUGAUAUCAAGUCCACAGACGGGGGUACAAAACAACAAUAUUCUAAAUAGCCUGUUUUUAAAAGAACGGAUAUAACGCUGGUUCACCUUUAUCCGAGGGUAACCUAUAUUCGUUGUUUAUAAGAAAAAACAUAUUUUGGGAUAUGAAGUCGAUGGACAGUAGUUUCGAAUUGGAACAUUUUAAAAAUAUUGCAAAUUUGAAACCACAGUCCGCAGACUUAAUACUUCUACAUGUGCUGUUUUAAAAGACAACGGAUAAAGGUCACCCACGGAUAAAGGUGAACUAGCGUUAGAUUACCCCGGUGGAUAAAGGUGAACUAGCAUUAACUAAUUAUAAGACUACUUCACGGAGUAGAGAGUGUAUUUUUACAUGUUGUACCUGGCCUAGGGGUCUGGUUGUGGUGCCAUUUUGUAUGAGGUUUGUGGUUCUAACAAUAAAUACUUUGUUUAUACAAA